AUGAGAGGACUCCGAAGACAAGUGAAGAAGUUGACUGAACAAAAGGAGGAGGAAAGGGAGACUUGUAAUGCGGCUGUGCAGAAGGCUAUGGCUGAGAGCUGUCAGAAGAUGGUGAACGCACUACGUGCUCAGCAAUGUUCACCGAACACAAAUCCGAACUCCAAUUCAGAUCACAAAAAAAAAUACGGACGUGUGAAUUUCUUUGCUUCUCCCCAAAACGAUAAUGUGGCUGGCAAUCCGGCGAGUUAUAAUCACGGUAAUCCGAUGCAACCUGUUGGUUCUCAUAAUGGGGCUGGCAGUCCGGCGAGUUAUAAUCACGGUAAUCCGAUGCAACCUGUUGGUUCUCAUAAUGGGGCUGGCAGUCCGACGAGUUACAAUAACGGUGCAAUUUUCGCGGAACCAGCUGUGAAAGCAACUGAACCGUGGUACCCUCCUCUUCUCAUCCCGUUGUUCCGUUUCUUCAAUGCCGAAUUGUCUCGUCAUAAAUAUGCAGUCUCAGAAUCCAGAUUCAAAGAACUUCAGCAGCGAGGAUACGUCAGAGAAUCCUCGCUCGGGCGAUUGAUUCCUGAAGCAGAUGUAACAACACCAGCCAUAUGGGAGUCUUGUCCGCAGCUGGUCAAACUCAUUUACGUCUUCCAGGCUGAAAGCGAUGAUACAAUUUUGGUGGAUGCUGCGGAGUCCGAUAAACUAAAAAAAUUAGAUUAUGUAGAGAUGGGUGUGCUAGGUUACUGUGUUCUCGCACCAUCCAAAAAUGAGACAGUUUGUGGUGCGAAUCAACCCAUUACUCGGAUGUAUUCGGAUACUUUCGGUUAUUUUUACCGUAAUUCAUUUUGUCCUUUGACUUACCCAUUCAAUUGUGCCUUAUACUUUUCCUUGGAUAUGUUUUUGAUUGAUUCACAUCAAUGA